UGCAGCGGAAAGGAGUGAGGGUACUGGUCGGUAUGAGGGUAUUGAUCAGCGGUCGGGUAUCCGUCUGUGUCCCCACCACCUCGGCGGGGUUACUGGCGGGCAGGGUGACGUCAUGUGACCCGGGAGUCUACCCCCAGCCCGCCGGUGACGUCAGGGAGUCUGAGAGAAACGAGAAAAAGAAAACAGAAGCGGGACGGGGCAAAGCGGAGAGCCGGAGCCGGAGUCGAACUCGAUCGCGCCGGGGCACGGCUGGCUCCCCGGGUCCGGCAGCCGAGCCCGGAACAGGCAUCGCGGUCUGCUCAGGAGCCGGGGCAGAGCGGACCCGGUGGGGAAGGAGAAGGAGGCAGCAGAGGAGGAUGGUGUCACCGGUUACCGUGGUUAAAUGUGAGGGGCCUAAGUUGGUACCUUUCUUUAAGGCCACCUGUGUAUAUUUUGUCCUCUGGCUGCCAACCUCUAGUCCAUCGUGGUUCAGUGCAUUGAUCAAGUGUCUACCUAUCUUCUGUCUCUGGGUAUUCUUGCUAGCUCAUGGAAUCAACUUCCUAGGAACACAUCCCAGUGCAAGAAAGAUCUUGGCAGGCCUGAUAUUUUCUUCUUUGGGGGAUGCAUUUCUUAUCUGGCAGGAACAAGGAUACUUUGUUCACGGCCUGCUCAUGUUUGCCAUCACGCACGUUCUAUACUCCUCAGCCUUUGGAAUGAAGCCCAUGAACCCUGAGCCUGGCUGUGGGGUCGUGAUUAUCUGUGGACUGUCUUACUGGUUGCUGUACCCAUACCUUUCUGGUCCCUUCACCUACCUGGUGGCAGUUUACAUCGCACUGAUUGGAUUCAUGGGCUGGCGUGCCAUUGCAGGGGUGCAACUCUUCAACGACCUAUGGACGUGGACCAAACUAUGUGCCUGCCUUGGAGCCAUGCUCUUCAUGGUGUCUGACCUCACCAUCGCAGUUAAUAAGUUCUGCUUCCCUGUGCCUUACUCCCGGGCCAUCAUCAUGGCCACCUAUUAUGCUGCCCAGAUGCUCAUUGCUCUUUCAGCAGUGGAAUGCAAGGACGAUAAUGAUCGAAGCAAUAGAAAAAUGAAGUGAGGGUCAAUGUCCCCUCAAUGUACAAGAAUGUAUUGCUAAGUUCCAGUGGGAUACAGAAGUCUGGAAAAACUAUGGUGUGAAUCUAAUUUAGAGCCACAUGAUUUAUUUUCAUCGGUUUGCUUCUGUGUUAGUUUAUUGUUGCCUCCAUGAAGCAGUCUUCAGUCAGGAGGGCUUAAGGACUGUGGCUAAUGCCAGCUAAGGUAGGUGACCCCAAUGAGAUAGUCCUUCUCCUGUGGCAUUUUGUGCAGUGAACUCUCUGCCCAUCAAUAACUUGAUAGAAAUUGACCAUGUAUAUUUCAGUUAUCAUCCCUAGAAUCAGAGUGGGAGAAAGGCAUCAAGCAAGCUGGUCUCAAGAUUAAAAAAAACUGAAUUCUGUGACUCUCCAGUUAAUCUCAAACUCAGCCUCUUAACAAUCCUAAAUGUCCUUUUAAAAUUUGGAAUCUUUUCAGUCAACAUUUGUGAAUUCAUAUGUUUUCAGAAACAAUUAAACCAGCAUUUUGAGGAAUUCAAUAAAUUUCAAAGUGAAGAAUAUGAAUGAAAAGGACACACUUAAGGAUUCAAACUAUAAACUGAGAAAGAACAGGUCCAUUCAGUUUAUCCACAUAAGCAUGAUACCUUAUGCAUUACAAUAUAUCUGUUCCCUAGUCCAACUGGAAACUGUAAUCUUCAAGGAAAUCAAAAACAUAAAAGUCCAGCAGAAAAUUCUUUUCAGACCUCUUAAAGCAAUCAAACUAGUUCAAGUGACUACUCUUUGCUUUGAUGACAUUAUACAGUACCUACCUCUUGUUUAAAUGAGAAAUAAGAUCACUGCUUCAGGGAAUGAUUCGAGGAAUAUGGUUACAGUGGACAACUACAGUUGAAUAGCUGGCACAAUUUUGAUAGCCAAAUAUCUUCCUCCUGUGCUGUGGCUUGCACAUUUAUAUGAAAAUAUGGUAUUCCUUUUGCUGUGAUGCUCUUCUGCGCAAGCAUGCUUCAUAUCCUAGAAAACAUUUGCAAUAUCUUUAACAUCAGGAACCUCACCCUUGCAAAAUAAGGUGCAUUUCAAUCUUUUACCCUAAGAUAAAUAUCCCCUUUUUAGUGUUGUAGAUUUGGAAGAUGUUGAAAACUGUUCUGUGGUGUAGAGGAUAACGGCUGUUCUUUUUAUGCAUUGCACUUUGGUGCUAUUUUACACAUAAAUGCUUGUUGUUAUGCUCAUCAUUAGAAUAGAUGGGCACAAAAUUGAGGAAAGAAUAUUUAUAGAUUUUGGAUGUAUAGACCAAUUGGUAUUGUAUACUUGGAAAAUAAUUCCAGUGCUUUGCCAUGCAACUUUCCACAGAAUUAAAACUCAUGAAGGGUAACAACAGCUCUCCAACGCAAUUUAUUUUGAAAGUGCAAAUCUACUUUUUGUUUCUCCUGUAUAUUUUCUCUUCUUCCCUUGUCCAUUUUAGAGCAUAAGACCAUAGACCACAAGAUAUAGAAGACUUAGACCAUUGAGUCUUCUGCGCCAUUUUAUAUGGUUGAUCCAGUCUUCCUCUCAGCCCCAAUCUCUUGCCUUCUCCCCAUAUCCCUUCUUGCCCUGAUCAAUCAAGGAUCUAUCAACAUCUAUCUUAAAUACACAUAAAGAUUUGGCCUCCACAGCUGCCUGUGGCAAAGAAUUCCACAGAUUCAGCGCCCUCCAGUUAAAGAAAUUCCUCCUCAUCUCCAUUCUAAACUGACACCCCUCUACUCUGAGGCUGUGUCCUCUGGUCUUAGAUUCUCCCACCAUAUGAAACAUCCUCUCCACAUCCAGUCUAUGUAGGCCUUUCACCAGUCAAUAGGUUUCAAUGAGGUCACCCCUCAUUCUUCUGAAUUCUAGUCAAUACAGGCCCAGUGCCAUCAAAUGCUCUUCAUAUGACAAGCCAUUCAAUCCUGCAAUCAUUUUUGCGAACCUCCCUAGAACCCUGUCCAGUCUCUGCACAUUCUUUCUAAGAUCAGGAGCCCAAAACUCACAAUACCCCAAGUGAGGCCUCACCAGUGCUUUAUUUUGGUUUGUUUCGAAGAAUGCCAUCUGAAAUCUCAUCAUAAAUCUGUAUAUAAACUGAUGUACUGAGUGUUGGCUGAUCAUUGGGUGAUGAAAGAUUACAUAACUGUGUGGCCUCGCCCUUUAUCUAGACAUUCAAUUUCCAAUAGGCCAUAUUGCAUACCAACCAGGAAAAUGAGUCUUGCACUUUCUCCCUUUGUUUUUUCCAGCCUGAAGCACCCAGAAACUUUGGAGCACUUCUAGAACUUUGGGAGUGGUCGAUAAUUGGAUCUGAACUUUAAUGAUUGAUAUAGCUGGCUUUUCACUUAACAAACUAAACAAAUUGCUAAUUUCAAAGAUCAUUUGGAUUUAACCUUCUGACUAAUCUACAGAUUUUUCUUAUGUAGUAAGAAGAAAUACCAGAAACUGUAAAUUACUUCAUAAGUAUAGAUUUCUUUGAAAUAUUGCGGAAUAUUGGUAGCUCAGGUUGGCUAUUUGGAAGUUUGGUUGAUCGCUGAGCUUGGCGAAAUGUUUGCAAAUGUUUUGGUUCCAACCAAGAAGCUAUCACCAAUGCGCAUUUGACGGUGGUGUCUUCUUAGAGUGCAAGCUUAUAAGCUCCUCCAGGGUCCAAAUGGAUAUUAAUUAGACAUUGUGAUCUAGUUGGUUGGUUCUAAACACUGAACAGUUUAGUAGUAGAAGAUACUGAUUGGCUAGCUUCAAGGGAUGUCCAUUGGAAGUGUUUGCUUUGCUGUCCAGAUCCCAAGAUUACUGGUGAUUCGUUAAUUGUUGACGUCAUUUUUUCUCUUUUCUUCUUAAGGAUUCAUAUGCUGGAUCUAUGUUGGUGUGUUUGUUAAUGGAUCUUUCUGUAGAGAACCAUACUUCAAGAAAUUCUCGUUCUUGUUCUUGCUUGAUGAGCAAGAGCUAGCAAGCGGAAGGCACAUCAUUGUAGCUCCAGUAUAUGAACUCUUAUGGAGUAAAGAAAAACAAUGACAUCAUCAAUUAAUGAGUUGCUAGUAAUCUCGGGAUCUGGGCAGUGAAACAAGCACUUACAAUGGACCUCCCUAGAAGUUAGCCGAUCAGAACCUUCUACUGAACUGUCCACAGGGUUUUUAAUUGGCCAACCAGAUACAAUGUUUAAUCUUAUCUAUUUGGACCCUGGAGGAGUAGAUAAGACUGCAUUCUGAGGAGACAACACCCUCAACUGCACACUAACAAUAGCUUCUCAAUUGGAGCCAACACUUUUGCAAACACUUUGCCAAGCUCAGCAAUCAACCAAACUUCCAAAUAGAUUCCUUUAUAGCAUUUACUUAUUUUCUUGCAUAAGCACACGUGCAACUUGCACACUGAGAGCUAUGAAUUUACCAUGGUUUAUAAAUAAAUACAUUUGAGAUACUGUAAAGCAAUAUCCAGUGGGAAUUCUUUCUCAAAGAAUCUGUUUUAAGCCACCUUUUUUUCUGUUUUUGCUGGUAAGAAACUCUGAAAUGCUAGAGUUUUCUUUUCAAUUAUAUUUUUGGGAGGUAAAGGGAAUUCUUUGAACCAACAAAAUAUUUGUACUGGACUUAGUUUCCUUUUUAAUAAUUUACAUUGGAGCAAGGCUUUCCUAAACUUUAAGUUAUUCUCUCAUACAAUAAGGCACUUCCUGUUUUUCUUUUGUAUAUGUAUAUAUUUAAUUUGGAGACAGUAUAUAGUACCAACUGAGAAUACGUAUGACCUAAGCAGUGUUACCAAGAAAAAUGUUAAAAUAUAGGUCAGACUGUUUUCUGAAGAUUUCAACAUAUACAGGCAUGAGAAUAUUGUCUAGAGACAGUUACUUUUACAGAGAACAUUACAUGUGUGCUUAACCAUUUUGUGUACUAACUCUAUGUAGUAUGUACUGCCUUCUGUUCUUACACCACAAAACUGGCUGUAUGUAACUGUCUCCUGUACCUACUAAUUAACAUGUUUUAAUUAAAUCACUUGUCUUAGAACAGAACAGAAACUUUGCAACUUCCUUGCUCUGCUGUUCACUUUUAUCAUUUCAGCUAUCAAGGAUAGACCAUCUUUAGAUAGCAUGAUUGAUCUUUAAAAUUAUUUGGUGGUAACCAGUAACACUGUAAUCUUUUUAAGUUUUCCAAAUUAAUUCUUAACCAUAAAACUUUAAAUUAUAUUUCAGUAUUGAGCCUUUUUUUUUAGCAAACUAAUGAUUGAAAUGUAAAAUCUUUAUACUUGACUUUAUAAAAAAUCCAAGAUGCAUUCAGAGAUCUUGUUCUUCCAGCAAAAGUUGUGAUAGGAAUGAAUACUUGAACUAUGUAAAAUACUAACCAUUGCAGGUUUAUCUCCAGUGGUGUUAGAGAAGAGAUUUUGAGGUGAUACCACAGCUUCAUGUGUAGAAAGCAUAUGCAUGUUACAGUAUGUUAGGUUAAAGUGAGUUCUAAUGUUCCCUUUAGUUCUGACUAUUAUUAUAAAUACGUUAAGGAUGCAGUAUAUUGACAUAAUGCUGAGGGACUAUUGUUUAUUAAUAUGACAGAAUUGUUUAUAAAAUGUUUUAUAAGUUCAUAAUGUAACAUAAUAUACAAAUUUGUCUCUAUAAAGUGGAGUGAAUUGCCACAAUUUAAGCAUUUAAGAUUGAGAAUAGACAAAGCAACAUAAACUUUGAACAGAGUGUAUAUUAACAUACAAAUCUAGGUGAAGAACCAGUGGAGGGCAUAACCUUGUCUAAAAAGACAGCAAAGAAUACAGAAUAAGUAAAUCUUACGGUUUUUUUAAAAUGUUGGUUUUAGGGAAAUAUAGAGGGAUAUGAGAAGUUUACAGGUUUGAACUCAUUGUGAAGAAUGUAUUUAAAGUCAGAGACAAGUGUGAUAAAUGCUGAACUGAACAAAAGAUAUGUAAAAAGUGUAAGAGUACAGGGUGAAACUGAAAAUGAAGAUGAAAGGAAGGGCAAAGGUCCACUUACUACAGUACUACUGUACUGGAGUGAAUUUAACAGGUUGCAAUUAAGAGAAGUUAGAAGCUUAAUGUGAAGUAUUUCUUAAGUGACCGUUUUCUUGCAAAAAGUCCAUGGUUAUGGGACGGGCUAGAAAAGCUUGUGAAUUUUAGAAGUGAAGUGUAAAAUUUUUUUAGUGUUCUGAUGCCAGUGAAGAAAUGAACCAUAUAGCCCCUUUUCCAAUUCAGAGAGCACUAAUAACUAACUUAAUUUUGCAAGUUCAUAACAUUUUAUAAUCUUUUCUUCACCCCUUUUCCAAUUUACACUUAUUGAGACUGAUUAUAUCUUCUUUCGGCUUUCAGUUUAACUUAGUCGACUUGGAUCACCAAAAUUAGAUUAUUGGAUUAAUUCAGGAUAGCUGAUGAUAUAAAUUGCUUACGUCUAGUUUGUUUGUGUUUGUUGAAUUGAUUGAGGUUCAGAAAGUAUAUUGAUGAAUCAAAAUCAGCAACAACAAUGCUAACUAUGGAUGUGAUGGUGCUUUGGACUGGAGUUUGUGAUCCCUGUCAUUAGUACCUUACAGUAAAUGUUAUUUUUGCACUAAAGCAACGAAACUGUUAUUGAAAAUUCACUUAACUAAGUUGUAGCUUUUGAGAAACUUAAUAAGUGCACUAAGUACAAGUAAAGACUAAUAGAUCUAUUAGAAGAUGAAUGUUAAGAGCACAUGUCAGUUUUAAUACUGGUACUUGUGUAAUGCAUUUUGGGUUAAAGGGAAGAAUUUUCUGUUGAUUGGCAUAUUCACGUUUGCGUAUAUCAAUAUCAGAUGCAAUUUAUUCAAGUAAAAGGGAAUAAUUCUCCCUUGUAUUGUUCAGGUUCUUCACGUCCUAUUUUCAGCUCUAGCAACUUUAGUGCAGAUAAAGAUUGGCAGUAAAGCAGAUGCUUUUUGAAAGUAGGACGUUGCUGAAAUAUUCAUGGAGCUGGAAUAUCAAGUGGAUAUAGCACUUUUAUUCACGAAACCUGUAUAUAUUUCACUUAAGCAGUGUUUAAUUCUGCAUGUGAAAAUUCAUCACUUUGGUUUAUUUGGAACUUCAUUUGACUUUGUCAGAAGAGUGUCAUUUCAAAUCCUUCAAAAACUGAGUCCAUUUUGUUCUUGGGCUGAAAUUUUUGUAAGUAGGUAAUGUUUUUUGUAAGUAUUUCAAUGGAAGGACAACAUUAAAUUGAGAUUAUUUUUACCCAUUUAGAUAUUAUAAUCCCAUUUAAAAGCAUGGAGUGCUCCUGAAGUCUUGGCCCAGCAUACCCCUCUUUCUAUGACCACCACUUUAAAAACAAAAGGUGAUAAUCCUGUGUGGGUGGAGGAAAUCAUUGUACUUUAAAGCAAUUAAUUCUAUCUACUGCACUUUGAAUCUCUGUGAUGUUGAGAAAAAUGCUUCAUAAAUGCAAGUGUUUUUGUCAUGGAUUAGUGUUGCCUGCCCUUCAAUAUUUGAAGCACUCAGCUACAGAGGUGUAAAAACAGUAUAACUGAGACUGUUCUGCCCUCACCUAACACCUACAUACAGUAACAUGUUACAACAGAAAACAUGGAUUUUGUUCAGGAACAAAAUUUUGUACCUGUUGGUCAUUAUUAAGUGAAAGAAUCUCAACUUUUUUGAUGAAAUUAUUGACUACUACACUGAUUACUAUAUUGUUUGACUUUUUAAAAACAUAAAAUUUAUUACAACAAUUAAGGCCAUGGUGUCCUUGUGAAACAAUAAUUUCAGUCCCCUUCCCCUAAAAUUACUUGAAAUACCUUAAAAACUUGAGAACAAGUGCUAACCUAUUACUUGGGAUCCAUUAUUAAAAUAGUGGAUAGAGAACUUUGACAUGGAUACAUUAAGUGCCUGAAUUAAAUUAUGAUAUUCCUGUGGUAUUUUUAAUCCAGUUCUUCUGUACUCAGAAUAAUCUAUUAAGGAGUUUAUUACAUAUAGCUCAGUAUUGGAACCAAGCAAUGAAGAAAUAUUUGAUAUAAAAGCAAGCAAAAAUUAGAUGUGUAAGUGAUUAUUUUUCUCUGCUCUUCGGCUGAAGAAAUGACUUUUUCUUUAACGCAAGACAGGGAGGAAAGGGGGCCAGAGAUCUAUUAUUUUGCACUGCCCUUUCAUUCUCUGCUGUUCUGUCUAUGGACACAACAGACUUGCCUUUGUCAAAUGUAUUACAGUUCUAAAGGCCCUAAGGUCCUUGAUCAAUUUUACUUGGGAUCACCCACCGAAUUCCUCAGCCUUGAAUUGUACAUAAAAUCUCAAGUGAUAUGGUGUGAUCCUAGAGCACAUUGACCACAUUGUUCUCAGAGCUGAGGGGUAUGCUGAAGGAAAGACGAUAGUUGCUUUGUACUUUAUUGUUGGUAGUGAUGCUGAAUAGCUAUAGGGCUGAAUUGCAGGUUUACGGGGUUGUUUUGGUUGUAGACAUUUAUGUUUGGUAGAUUGGCAGCUGUGUGCACUUCAAAAUUUUAGUGUUUUUAGCAUAAGUAAUGAGAACUAUAAGAGAGAUGACAGUAAGUAAUGAUUAUUUGAAACUAGUAAAAUCCAAGUUUUUUUUGAACUUCCUUUCCAUGUGAGUAUUCCAUUACUUUUAUUUAUGGACAUAAUAGGGUGGAUACUUCCUCUCCAUUCUUCUUCAGGGUCAUAUUCUCAGUAACUGCACCAUUGUCUAACAGCUUAUCUCUGGCUGUGAACUAUGUUGUAAAUAUUAAUAUUCCUAUUUUAUCUGUUGUUAACAAGUUUUCAUCAUACCAAUGUCUUCAUGUCUGUGUCCAAUCAGUAUUACAGUUUUCGGGACAGACAGUCCAUAAAGACAUCUGUUGUUUGUAGCAUUCCUGAAAUGUUUUAUAUCUCUAAUUAUUCCUCAUUCAUCUCUGAAAGGUAUUAGUUCACUGUAGCAAUGUUUCUACUAGCACCCGCAGCUGUUCUUUGUAUUCUGCUCAAGCAGCUAUUCUUUAACACCUGUGGCUACAAGCCAGAUGCUGACAGACAUUCAUAACCUAGCCAAAUCUAGUGCUAUUUCCACUUUACACCCAGAAUCAAACUUGCUCUACCAUUUUUUUGGACAGCAUUUGGUAUGGGAAAUCAGGUGACAUUCCCUUUCUAUCCAUGGGUAACCAGAGCUCAAUUGUGAUGUUAGCUGUUACUAGUCGUUGAUGUUUUAUGUUUCUGGGAUCAUUGUUGAUUUGGGGUCUAUUUGAGAUAUUUUAGUUGUCUGGUUAGGGGUAUUUCCCAAUGAGAAGUUCCUAACAUGGCCAUCUGAAUGCUGAGGUGCUUCACAUUUGUGCACAAUCUCUUUGUCCUCAUUAUUUUGUAGAUAAAGUUUUAUUUAUGUUUUCUCAACUCUGGUCUGGCCUGUACCAUAAAAUGAUUCACAUAUUGUGGGAACACAGUGUUCUCUAAUUUGUAUUAUGAUUGUGCAACAAUAUUGAGCUGAGGUCAGGAAUAAAUGGGGAGAUAAAUUUAAUAAAAACACAAAAUGCUGGCAGAACUCAGCAGGCCAGACAGCAUCUAUGGGAGGAGGUAGUGACGACGUUUC